AUGCAGAGUGCCAUGAAGUCUCUGCCUAGCACGGCGAUUUUAGUUGCUGCUCUCAUUUGUCUGCCUUUAGCCAGAGGAUGCAACAAGGACGAAGAUUGUGAUCUCAAUGGCAUGUGCACAAAUAAUGUCCGCAUCUGUGACGCCGGAUGGACUGGAACCGAUUGUGGCCAAUUAGAUCUACGUCCUGGACCAAGGGCGAAUGGGUACAAUCGCACCGAGGAAGGGAUCUCAUCCUGGUGUAACGGGAUAAUCCAUGACCCGAUCAGCUCUGAAAUCUUCCAUCUCUUUAUAUCAGAGUUUACUCAUGGAUGUGGACUCGAUUACUGGUCACCUUACAGCCGCAUUAUCAGGGCUGAGUCUUCAGAAGGCCCCCUUGGGCCAUACACUUUCAAACAGGAGAUCGUUCCAUCAUUCGCCCAUAACCCAACUGUUUUUUGGAGUGAAGAUGAUCAAAAAUAUCUCCUUUAUAAUAUUGGUUGUCAACAGCAAGUUCCUUCCAUUUGCAAGAACAUAAAUUUCACCUGUGGGCCUGGUAAUACUUUGAAUGGUGAGAGUGGAAUUAGUGUUUGGUCAUCGUCAAAUCUCCAUGACUGGACUUCACAUGGCCAAGUUUUCCGAGGCACUGAUGACAGUGCUUGGGAUGCCGAUGUGACUAAUCCCGGUCCACUAAAUCUUCGGUCAUCUGAGAAGACUCCUUCGACUAUAUUAUCCUAUCGUGGCUGUGGCUUCAACUGCAGCGGCACAGAACUCAUCAGCAUUGCAACUGCUCCCGACUUCGCCGGGCCAUAUAUACAAGUCAAUCGCAGAACUCCUAUUUUCACAGAAGCAAGUGAAGACCCAUUUUUCUGGGUUGACAAACGCGGAAAUUAUCAUCUAUUGGUUCAUUCUUUACUGCCAGACGCGGGAUUUGGCGAUGGACCCAAUGUGGGACGCCACGCCUAUGCCCGAUCCUGGGAUGGCCCUUGGACUUUUAACAAAAACACUGUGGCUUUCAAUACUACUGCAUAUUUUAAUGAUGGCUCACAUGUUGAUUACUACCGACGAGAGCGUCCCAAUAUCUUCUUUAGCGAUGAUGGUGAGAUGAUACCAUUGUCCCUUUCGACGGGUGUGCAGGAGAUGAAUUCUUCUGCAAGUUACUCGUUGAUACAGCCAAUCGGACGUACAAAGUUCAAUGAAGAGGAUUAA